CUCUCUCUCCCCCUCUAUAUGUAUAUAUACUUGUCUCUCAAACACUAAAGUAUCGGUGCAAGAGGAGGGAGAGAGAUGGACAACAUCAGCCAAGACGUAGAAGACAUUGUUAUAGUGGGUGCUGGGAUAUCUGGCCUAACUGCAUCUCUAGGUCUUCACAGGUUGGGAUUGAGAAGCGUGGUGUUGGAAUCAUCAGACAGAUUGAGAAUAACGGGGUUUGCUCUAUCACUAUGGACAAACGCUUGGAGGGCUUUGGAUGCUGUUGCCAUUGCUCACUCCCUUAGGCAACAUUAUCCUCAGCUUCGCGGUUUUCAGGUGGCUUCUAAUGUUACAGGUAAUUCUUCAGAGAUGACAAUCGGCGGCAAAGGAAAAGAGUGAGUGAUAUUAUCAUCAUGCUGAUCGAUUACUGCUGGUAGUUUUUUUUUUAUUUUUAAAUGUAGUUAUUAAUUUUCAAUGUCAAGAGAUAACCCUCCCGUGUUUGAUUUCUAUAUAAUUUUUUAAUUGAAUUAAAAUGAUAUAAUGCAAAUAAUUAAGAAUACAUUUGAUAUAAUUAAAAUUGCUUAAAUUAUAUUAGGAAAA